CAAAGUUGGUAGUAAAACACGUUGAGAAACAAUCAUGUGACUGAUUUUGAUUGUGACCUCACUCAUUAACGUUGCUAUGGAGCAUUUUGUGACGCUCAUCCAAUCAAAACCAAAGUUUGACGACAACCGCCUGGAGCAGCGUCGACACAUCCAGUAGCAGUAGAGCAAAUGAAAGACGUUCCACCUCAUGUCAAUCAGCCAAUAGGUGCUUGCAAUCUUUGGCACCGUUCCAGAGACGGGCCACUACCCUCUUGUCAUUGGCUAUACUGGUUUCGAGCUGCGGGGAGGGUAGCCAAUAGGAAAUAGGAAAGUUGGACGCGCGCCCAGUGAGAGAGCGUGAAGGGCUGGUGGAGGCGGCCUUACCGUAGCUGAAGGAAAGUUAGAGCGAAUGUGAACUGUAGUAUCAGGCAGUGGGGAGUAGUGAGGGGAGCAGAGUUUCGUCUGUGCAGCUGGUUGCUGCCGCCAUUUAUUGUUCUUUAAAUCCCACUCCCGAGUUCGGUCGAUCGGCAAUGUCAUCGCAAGUGGCACAGCGAGUGCGGCCCAGUGGCUCCCCGACCUCCAGCCGCCCCCAGCCGCUUCGAGCCACCGUCCCCUUCCAGCUGCGAGCUGCUGCCAGCAACAAUGCUCCAAGCGCCGUCGCCGGCUCCAGGCUGGCCGUCGGCUCCUCGUGCUCGCCGCCGGCUCCGGCCACCUCCGUGUCUGUAUCUCCGCCGGCAAGCCGCAGCGCUUUUCACACCGUGGCCACUUCCACUAGCAUUGCCCCCGGGCCGGGCGAGCAAGAGAUGGCUUGGAGAGCGGUGCCGUCCGUCGAGAGGAAAGCCAGUCACUCUGCCUCCUGCUGCACCUCUCCCGUUAGUAAAGCUAUUGAAAAGCCCAAACCUCAGAAGACACUAUCUUGCAUACGCCGCACCUCCUCUCUUGACACCAUAAUUGGACCUUACCUGGUAGGACAAUGGCCUCGUGAUGCAGAUGUGCAUUCUAUAUCAUUGGAGAAUGAGAAAGCUACACAGACUCCUAGUACUUGGCAUGAGAUAGGACUGAAAAGGAAGAACUCUCACAAACGUUCUGCAUCAUGGGGUAGUGCAGAUCAGCUGAAAGAGAUUGCAAAGCUCAGACAGCAACUUCAACGCACCAAACUCAGCAAGCGGCACAGCAAGGACAAAGAACGUCAGUCACCUCUGCAUGGAGAUCAUACUGCUAUGGGUUUGGUACAGCAAGGAACUUCCAAGUUUGUACCGAUUUUGCCAGCCAAUCUUGCUUUCACAAAGUUAAUUCCACGACUUAGGAACAGCUUGGAAGCAAUAAAUCAGGAAAUUGAAGGGAUGUUUAUAAAGGAGCCUGGAGAUAAAGAAUUACUGAGGAUUAUGGAUGCACCGGAUGGGCAUAGGGCACCCUUCCCUUCCCAGCAAUAUAGCAGCAUUUCUCAGAAUGACCUCUCUCCUGUACCUCUUGAACAGACCAGUGGCUAUAGUAGUCCCUCUCUAUAUCCGUCCCCAUCCCCAUCUCCUUCAUAUCCAAAUGGAACCCAAGAAGAAGGUGCUUGUAUUAUCGAAGACUUAUCAUUUUUUAUUCGUGAUAAAGAUAGUGGCACGAACUCUCCUCUCCUGAAAUAUGCUUCCUCUCCCAAACCAAACCACAGCUACAUGUUCAAACGGGAGCCUCCAGAAGGUUGUGAGCGGGUGACUGCAUUUGAAGAAACCCCGGCUGUUUCCUUCGAGCAGGCCCUGCUGUACUCGUGUCCAGAUAAAAACAAAGUUAAUUUCAAUCCUACCGGAUCUGCCUUCUGCCCAGUCCAUAUUCUUAAGCCUCUCUUACCUAAUGUUGACUUGAUAUUGAGGCACUUACCAGCAUCUGUUUCAUCACCCCCCCCAAAUACUGGGGUAUCUUCGAGCACUUUGACUUCUUGCCAGUCUACAACUCAGGUCUCAUUCCAGCAACCAUUGGAGAAUUCAGGGACCACAGACUUUGCUGAGCUUUCUAAGGAACAACCUCUACAGUUUGAUCCUUGGAAACUUGCUCAGACAGAAGAAAGUGCCUUUUUUCAGAGCUCAUUAAUAAUUUGAACUGGUAAAUCCGCAAAAGUUAACAGCUGACUGGAACUUCACAAUUAACAAAUUUGUGAUGAGUACUACAGAUUGUGGCUGUCUUAGCUGUUGAUGCAUUGUUACCUGACUACAGGUUUGUUUCGUAUGUUAACAGGCCAAUAAUUGUAAAAUUAUUGAGAUUUGUAAAUAUUUAUGCUGAGCAUUUAAUUCAUUAACUUGGCACCAAACAUCUGCUUGUGUGAAUCCAAAUUCUUAGCAUAUAUACAUAAAUGUUUGAGUCCAUGGUAACAAAUUUUGGAGAUGCCUUCUAGUCUUUCCUGCAUCUUUUUAAUUACAAUAGUACAUUUUCUUACUUGGCCUGAGUGGAAAUGUUGAAAGUGCAGUCAAGGUUUAAAAACAAGCUUAAACUGAAGUAAAAUAUAAAGACAUGACACCAUUCUGUCCUGCCACUAUCUAGAAAUUUUGCUGGAGUACUUUCAGUCAGCUUUUAACCUUGUCUCAUACCUGGUGUUCAAGAUUGCUACAGUAUUUUGAAAAUAAAAUUGUUUAUACAUUGAAGAAUGCACAUUGGAACUUUUUUCUCAAAUAACUUUUCUUGCUGUUUACUUUAUGAAACGUGUUCGUUUUGCAUUUUUAAGCAGUGUAGAGCAAUGAAAGGUGACUUGUGUAACUGCUGUUGAUUUAAAGGCUGUAGAAUAUAGUUGGAGCAGAAUUGAUGCACAGACAAGUUGAGCAGAAUGAAAUACUGGUAUACUCUAGCAGCAAGUACACUUCCUGUCAAUCAGACACUUUUUUUUAAAAACUCAGCUGCAAAAACGAAUUAAAUGGUGUUUGAUCUUUAUUCUUUCUGUAGGUAAAAGUAUAAUGAUGUGGCUUAAGCCCAUUAAUGGAGAUGCCACUUGGGAAAUGAAAUUUCUGUUUGUUCAAUACUGAACAAAAUUGUAAUUUCCACAAAUUAUUUUGCUGCAAAGGAGAAGGAAGGUAUUUAAAAAUCAAAAUUUUAAGUCAAUCUGGGUAACAAAUAGAGAAUUGAAUUAAAAAUAGAUUAAGCAAAUUAAAAAUCGACUUCAUACUCAGUUUCAAAAUAAAUAAUUGACAUUGAGGUUAUACUGAUCCUAACCUGUGCAAUGAGAUAGCAAUACAAUUAAGUGUCUUGAUACAGUGCACAAGUGUUUUGUAAUGUAUUGAACAUUGUGUUUACACAAUGGAAUACACUUGCUGUCCAUUUUUUUUUCAAUAUCACAAGUUUCUCCAUUUUACUCCAAGCAAAUUAACACCAUAAUCUGGAGUUUGCCUACACCCUGGUAGAAAGUAUUUUUCCCCCUUGGUUAGCAAUUCUAAAUGCAACCAUUGAGAAGUUCAGUUACUUCUCAAAUUAUUCUGCACUCAAUUUCUAUUGACUUUUUGAAUCAUUUAAAACUUCUGUACUAAAGUGUUUAAUACUUUUGAAAUGAAUACAAAGAAAAGUUCUGUGCCACCCUUUACAAUCAGAGAUUGUGGUGUGGGGGGGGGGUGGCAGGGAGAGAGAAUGGCUUAAUUCAACAAUUUGGUUGCACCAUAAUAAAGUUUGGUUCUUCGAUGGGGGAGACAAAGAGGGAACAAGCAAUGAGCACAAGGUCUAUUUGCACCUGUUAUGUCUAACAGCAAUUUGUAUUUAUCUUUUUACUUUCUCAUUGUCACUGUUUCAAAUGCUUUUUAUACUGAAUUGUAUUUUUAAUUUCUAAUAUAAAUCUGGGCUUAAAUAUACAAAUGUUUUUUUUUGUAUUUAUUUAAACAAUGUACCCAUCUAAAGGGCUAGCUUCAUUAAGUUCCAACUUGGGUAUUAAAAAUAACUAUUUGAAGCCUCUAGCUUAAAAGCAAAGUGUAUAGAUUUUUUUUUUAAAAAUUAAUUCCUCUGCAUUCCAGUUUAAUUUACAGGUAUAUUUGGAUACAUAGCCUGUGAAGAAAAUAGCACCAUCAUUUCAACUUUUAUCUUGAUGUCUCAAAUUUAAAAGAUAGUGUGGAAUUUUUUUUUCUGGAACAAGUUUAAAAUUUAUUUCUUAAAACUAUUGUUAUGAGCGUGUACUAUGUGCUAGCAUUUUAGGUUUUGAUGUAAUUUUUUGCUGUAUCAUGCCUUUUCCAUCUCUACAAUUAAGCUGUAGGUUAUAUCAUAUUGGUCUACAAUUAGUGAUCUUCAAAACUGCUUUGAAAGAAGCUUGAUACCCUGGAUAAUGUAGUGCAAUUACUAAAUUUGUAGUUGAACUAUAGCUCUGGCAAAUCUUAGUACUUAACCCUAUAUUUCUCACCAUGUCUUUCUGCCACCACAAUCCACUUUUCUCAUUCCAAUUUUAAUUCUAGAAUGCAUUUUGUACCAUUUUAAAGUACUUGCCAGUUUAUUAAUAGUGAGGGUGUGAAAUGUAAUUCAAUUCUUAUAAUUGACAAUCUUUGCAGUGAACCAAAUAUCUGGAUUGCCAUUUUAUUUUUAGUUUCAUUUGAAAAUUGGCUUUAGAUAUACUUGGCUCUGAAAUCUAUACAGGCCAAAGUAAAAUAUUGUGUAACUCUUAAAUGUAGUUUGGUCUACACGUUGUCCCAUUUAAUUCUAUAAUGUAGCUUUGUGUGUUUUGUAUUGUACAAAAAGUAACAUCUGCAAAGAAAACUGGUUUUAACAGAUUUCAAACUCUAUUCUUGGUAAUAAUUGGGAGGUAGGAUUGGUAUGCCUUCUGAAGUGGUCAGAAAAUAGUUUGGUGUUUUGCCACAGGCGAAGCUUGGAUUCAGCAAAGUAACAACCAUCUCUAAACAAAUUCUGGUGGCUAUGUGGAGCCUAAUAUAUGUUUUAAUUCCUUUUGAAGAGAUGAGUGCUUUGGAAAGGUCAGUAUUUAGUGCUCAUCACUUUUGUUGGUGGGCUGCUACCUUGGAUUGUUCUAAUCUUUGUAAUGAAAGUUUGGCUUUGUGCUGCUAUCUAAGGAAUUCCAGAAUGAUCAAGAAACAAGGCUUAUGUCCAGGGCUCUCCCUACUUUAAUAACACAUCUAUCCAGAAACAACAUUUUGCUUUCUAUUCCGUCUCCCACUUGUACUGUAGUCAGUAUUGUGAUACCACCUCCAUAAAUGCAAGUAUCCCUUGUUCCCCACCCUGCCUUUUUUUUGGUUUGUGGAAUGGAUUGGUAGUGAGACUCCCAACUCUUAAUGUGUAGUAAAGUGAGACUUUAGAUCUGGCUGAGUGAAAAUUUGAGUAUUGAAUUGUACACUUGCGGUAGCGACUGGGAUUUGGACAAUUAAUGACUUUGGGGAACCUGAUUUAAAAGUGCUGUUGCCUUUUGUUAACCAACACCAUCUAGCGGUAGAAAUGCAGUACUGUAACAGUUACAUGGGCAGGUCUUAACAGCUACAAAUAUGUACAAAACUUCUUUCCCUCCCUCUUGUUGAAUUUAAGAUUAAAACUUGCUUUUGAUUUAGUUUACACUGCCAUGUGUUUGUUAAUUUACAAAAAAGAGAAUCCAGCACCACUUGCUGUGUUGCCUCAGAAAAGAGAAAACUUUGCAAUUCUCUACAUGUGUAUAACAUGUUCUUUCCAAGGGAAUCAAGCAGUGGAAAUUUUCAAAGCAAUUUUCUGUAUGAUCUUUGUAAAUAGUAAAUUUGAGUGAAACAAGAUGAAGUUUAAAGCCUGACAUUGCAGCUUAACCAUUCAUUUGUCAUCAAAACACUAUCAGACUCUUCUCUCUUCACCCCCCCCUAUUAAAUAUUAACUGUCCAUUCACAUUCAGAAACUAUAAGGGUAUCUGAAGAAUUCUGAUUGUAUUGUUUACUUUUGUAGUGUAUUUGAUCAGAAAAAUCUAUGCUAACUGAAAAUAAUAUCACAUGAAUGUUAUGAGUAAAGGAAAUUGCUGGCCAAGUUAGUUAAUUGAAACACCAGAUUUAUAUUUAAAUAAUUGAAUUGGCCUGAAAGCAUAUCUUUGUAGAGUUAUUUUGUUUUUAUAGACACUAUUGAAGAUUUGGUUAUCAAUUGUAUACAUGUUUUGGAACGUUAAGGUUGGACAAAUGUACACCACAUGAGCUGUGUUUAGUUUGUGGAUUUGUGUGUUUUUAAUAGUUUGAGUUUCAGAAAAUACCAAUAAAAGCGUUAAUUUUCACUGCAGACACCUUUGUGUUGUGCAUAAAGGAG